UUUGGAGCUGAGAGAUGAAAACCCUAGAGCUGGCCUCUGUGCACAGUGCUGGGCUCAAAGCUGAGGAGGGUUUGGGGCUGAUGACACUGGGGUCUCUGUCCUCAGGAACUGUCCGUGUGGACCUGGAGACUCCGGAGGAGAUACAAGUUCGCAGCCUGGGCAGGCUCUUCAAAUCCUCGAAGCAGUACAUGAGGCAUGUCAUCGCAGAAUAUGAGGCACUGGACAGAGACCUCCCAUGCAUCCGCAAGUUCUCCACCCCUCCUGCCGCCCAGCCGCUCUGCCUGUGCAUGGAGACCUCAGAGGAUUUCACCCACCUGGAGGUGCUGCAGGCGCUGGAGGCCGAGUUACCCGGAGCCAUGGAGGGCGGGCGCGUGAACAGCAUCCGCUUUGAGAACAUGAACGUCAUCUGCGGGACCGCGGGCCGCCGGGACCGGUGGCUCAUCUCCGUCGCCGACUUCCAGACGCGCUCGCGCCUGCUGCGCUCGGGCCUCAGCCCCCGCGGGCUCGCGCACCAGCUGGUGCGCCACGACGACCUGCUGCUGGACGACUACCGCCUGCACCUGCGCCGCUCUCAGGUCCGACGGCGCAUGCUCGAGGCCCUGGGGGCGGACCCGACCGAGGAGGAUUGA